AUGGAACCUCGAGGGUCCAAGUUGGAGAGCAACAUGGAAGAGAAAGAACAUGAGCCUCUGGAAACGGAUAAGAACGUCAACGAUGACUCUCAGACUACAGUCCGAACCAGAGUGAAUGAAACGAAAGAGAUCAGCCACAAAGUGUUCCGAACGUUUGUCAGUGAUUCGAAGGAUUCAAUGAGCUUCGUAAUGCCGGAAUAUUCCGAACUGCCUCAUAUGCGAGGUAAGGUUGUGUCCAACGGUCAAGAGGACCUAACGCGUGUCUUCUCAACGGACUUCAUCGACCACAGCCCCAGAAGCAGUCGGGAAGAGACGAAAACACGUUCAGUGGACCGUCAUGAAAGGCGAUACAUUCCGGUGACAAGAAUCAGCUCAAGCAAACCUGAAGUGAAGUCAAAAGAUUCGGACACUGUUCCGAUGGAAGAGUAUGAAAACAUGAAGAGACAGUGUGAGCUGGAAAUAGCCUACUGGAAACGUAUGUGUAAUGAGAUACAUAACGGAGGAGAUCAACUCCUAGCAAACGAGCCUUUGCGUCGACAUAUCGUGAACCUAGAGGCGGAGCUAAGAGACUCGAAAUGGUAA